AUGAAUUGUAUAACCUGCUUAAGAAAUCAACUUCAAGAAAUUAACAGAUAUUCUAUUGAAAAUGAUGACAAUACAACUAAUUUCUCUCAUUAUAUUAAAAAAAAGAUUUUAAAACGUGCACAUAUUAGAAUAAGAACUAAAAAACUUAUUUUAUACAAAAAGAACAUUCGUCAAAAGUAUUGUUUUCUUUUAAAGUUAGCUCGUAAUGGAACUUUAGAAUUAUUAAACAAAUUUUGUCGUCGCUUUAUUAGAACACCAUUUUGUAGAAGAAUUAUAGAAAAAUGGAAGAGAGAAGAAGAUAAAUUUAUGGUUAGUAGGUUAUCAAGUGCUUCAGAAUUAACAAUUAAUUACCCUGAACCAAUUCCAUCUUCUGUUGAUAAUUUUUGUUUAGGAUUACAAAAUUUAUUACUAUUUAACCCAAAACAAUUUGUAUACGAAAUUAAACGGCUUAAUAAAAUUAUUACAAUAACAACACAUCCAGUUAUUAAUUACCAAGCUGAUAUAAGAAAAAUCAAACUUUUGGGAGAAGUUAUUAGAUUAAAAAAUAUAGUAUCAGAUGUUUCACUUGAUGAAUUGUUACAUGCUCUUUUAAAUGUUGACUUAUUUUUUGGUCCAAUUUUUGAUGAUUCAUGUCCUGGAAAUAUGACACUAGAACUUGAACCAAUUCCUGUAUUUGAAUUAGAUUCAAGUGAUAGUCUUACUUGGUUAACUGCUCCAAAUUGUUUAAGUGGAACAUCAUCAAAAGAAACUUUACCAUCAUAUUCUAUGGAAAUCAAAUAUAUUGAAAAAAAUUAUAGUGAUAUUAAUUUUAGAUGUGGGACAAGUGAAAGUAUGAAAUAUGAACGUCCAAUUUGUAGAAGUUUUAAUGAUAUUGUAAAAACUGAAGAUGAUAUUAAUCAUUUAAAUGAAAGUUUACUGGAAGAUGAUGAAGACAUAGGAAGUGAUGGAAUAUUUAUUGAUGCUUUAAUCGAAGAAAAAAAUGAAUAUUAUGAAAGAAGAGAUAUAAGAAUUAUGGAAAUGAUUAUAAGUCUUAGAGAAAGAAUUAUGUAUUCAAAUAGUCUACUUAGUAAAAUUAUUAAUCCAUUAUCUGGUGAUAAAAGGAUAAUAAAAUUAUUUAAAGAAACAUUUUGUGAGGAACAUGAAAUUGAAAUAACUUUUUAUUCUGAAAAACCUGUCACUGAAUGGCAAUUUGGUUUAUUUUUAGAAGAGAAUGGUAUAACUAACUUUAAAUUAACACGUUUUGAAUACUCAUUUUUCUUUAGAACACAUUAUGCUAAUGAUUUAUAUAAAUUAGUUCGUGUGUUUAGUGAAAUGAGAGGAUCAAUUAAAUUACCUUAUAUUAAUUAUGCAAUUGAUUAUCAAAUUACUUUUCCGCAUACUUUAACUUUUGAAGAAACAGAAUUAAAAGAUGAGAUUAUGUUUGCACAAAGAUCUAUUGAUAUGGAAAUGAACUAUUAA